GGCAAACCUUGGAUGACAUUGAGACUCCCAACCGAUGUCGUCCCAGACCAUUACAAUCUAAUGCUAUUUCCACUUGUGGAUGGAAGCACCUUUACUGGAAAGGUAUCCAUUACCAUCAACGUUACCAAAGCUACUCGACACAUCUUAGUCCACAUACGUGACUUGGCUAUUACUGAUAAAAGUGUUUCCACCAUUGGCGGCAGCCCAAGAAAGCUGUCAAUUGUGCAAUCGUUUUUCUACAAGCCUAACGAAUUUUACGUUAUCGAAGUUGGUGAAAAUUUGGAAGCAGGAAAACAAUAUAAUGUCACCUAUGACUUUAAUGGAAACUUCCCUAAAGUUUUGUUCGGUUUGUACAAGAGUACAUACAAAACUCCACAAGGUACCACCAGGAACAUGGUCACAUCAGAUUUCGAACCACUUGAUGCUCGUAUGGCAUUGCCAUGCUUUGACGAACCAACAUUGAAAGCUACAUUUACCACAACACUGGUGAGACCUACUACAGGAUACAUAGCCUUAUCAAACAUGCCAGAGGCCAGAAGUUAUCAAUAUCAGGCUGGCUAUACUGCAGUGGAAUACCAAAAGACCGUAAAGAUGAGCACAUAUCUGUUGGCUUUUAUCAUUUGUGAUUUUAAAUACAACGAAACUACAGUAAACAACGGUGUUAAAGUAAGUAAAAUCAGAAUCUAUUCACCACCUCAUCUACUUAACAACACUGGCUUUGCCACUUACACAACUAAGGCGCAAAUGGAAUACUUCAAUACUCAAACAGCACUUCCCUACGAUUUGCCUAAAUCUGACUUGAUUGCCAUUCCCGACUUUAACUCCGGCGCUAUGGAAAAUUGGGGUUUGAUUACAUUCCGUGAAACUUUAUUAUUGUAUGAUCCUUUGAAAUCCUCAAUUUUCGAAAAACAACGAAUCGCUGUUGUUAUUUCUCAUGAACUUGUUCAUCAGUGGUUUGGUAAUUUAGUCACCUUAGCCUGGUGGGACGACUUAUGGCUUAACGAAGGUUUUGCUAGCUACUUGGAAUACCAAGGCGUCCAUGCUGUUUAUCCCGACUGGAAAAUAAUGGAUCAGUUCUUAUCUGGUGAUUUCUUCCGAAUCAUGGCAAGAGAUGCAUUAAUAUCAUCACGACCUAUCUCCGCCUUAUCAGAUACUCCAGCCGCUAUUAAGCAAAUGUUCGAUGCUAUCACUUAUAGUAAAGGUGCUGUAGCGGUUCGUAUGGUAGAGUUUAUCCUAGGGGAUACUGGUUUCAAGAAUGGAUAUAGGGCAUAUUUGAAAAAGUAUCAAUAUUCUAACGCAAACACUAUGCAACUAUGGAACUCUUUAUCCGAGGCUAACAAUAACAGAAUUAAUAUGGUUGAAGUGAUGGAUCCAUGGGUACGCCAAAAGAACUUCCCAGUUAUCACAAUCACAAACCAGGGUGCUCAAGGUACUGCAUCCCAAAAACGCUUCUUGAUUGAUGAUUCUGCUGCAACUGGUACUGGCUCUGACUUCUCUACGUAUGGUUACAAAUGGUACGUUCCAUUAAACUACAUCACAAGCGCAGAUACUAAUACACCUAUAUCAGCUUGGCUGAAUAAGACCUCAGUCAAUUUCAAUUACCCCGUAAAUGGCUGGAUGAAAGCUAACGUUGGACAAUAUGGAUUCUACAUCGUCAACUACCCAGAAACCAAUUGGAAUAGAUUGCAGGCUGCUUUAGAAAGCGACGUGAACACUUUAAAGAGUGGUGAUAGAGCCGGCUUGAUCAAUGAUGCAUUUAUGCUUGCUAGGAGUGGUACAAUCAAACAGAGUUUGGCACUCGGUAUGACUAAGUAUUUAUCUAAGGAAAAAGAAUAUGUACCAUGGACCACUGCCUUGGGAUCGCUUGGUUACUUUGAUACUAUCCUCAGCAUGAGACCAUCAUACGGUGACUUCAAGACGUACAUGAUUAACCUAAUCCGUGGUCGCUAUAAUGACCUUGGCUGGACUGACACCGGUUCUCACUUGGACAGAUAUGCUAGAAGUGACAUUUUACUUUGGGUAACUCGUCUAAACUAUAACACUGCUAUUCAAGCAGCAAAGAAAAUCUAUAACAACUGGAUGGUAAAUGGUACAAGUAUCCAUCCAAAUAUCCGUACUCGUGUCCUACGUGCUGGUAUUGCUGCUGGUGGUCUAAAAGAAUGGGAUUUUGCCUGGAACAAAUUCUUAACAACCGAAUCUGCUUCAGAAAAGACCGCACUGAUGUACGCUUUGGCCUUCUCUCGUACCCCAUGGAUCUUAAACAGAUAUCUCCAGCGUUCAAUGAAUACUUCUCUGGUUCGUUCUCAAGAUACUCUUAGUGUAAUUCGUUACGUCUCUGGUACUACUUUGGGUCGACCUAUCGCAUGGAGUUUCUUUCAAGCCAAUUGGAACACUCUAUAUGACAGAUAUUCCCAGGUAACCUUUGGUCUAGCACGCGCGGCCGAGAGUUUGACUAGUGCUUUCGCAACUGACUAUCAACUGCAAGAGGUUCAAAACUUUUUCAACACAGCCAAAGAUACUAACGCUAUAUCUAGCUCUAAGAAGACCAUCCUCGAAAAUAUCAAGAGUAACAUCGACUGGUUGAAGAAGAAUGAAGCAGAUGUUGCUGACUGGCUUGCGAAAAACAAAAAUAUCUAAUUUUACCGCUUAAGGCGAUUUGAGACUGCGCGCUUUUAGUAGAUUGUUUGCUAGUUUUAUAUAAUAUUCGUUAAAGCUUAUUGAUAGAAAUGUAAAGUUCUGUUUAAACAUUUAAGGUAGUGAUAAUUUCGUUAAAAUUUUAGUUAACAUAUGUAUCGUCAGUCUUGCUUUUUAAUCUAUCGGUUUGCUAUUGCUCUACAUUUUACUUUCUUGGUAUGGUAGCCAUUAAUACGACAUAAUCUUAUUGUAACACUUUAGGCCUAAUUAUUACCUGGAAAGAUGUAUUUUAACUGUCUUUGUAACUGUUUUAUUUAGUUAGUUAAAAUAUGCUGUUCAGAUACAUAAGUUAUACUAAUGCAAAUUUAACUAACGUAGUAUAACAGUUUCUUAAUAGCACUGAU